CGGCGUUUGCGUUUUCUCCGGUGCCAGUCGGGGGCUGACUGCUGAGAGUUUAACUACCCUCGGAUGCUCCUGUUGAUAUGGAGAAGAUUGAGGAACAAUUCGCUAAUCUGCACAUAUAUAAAUGUUCCUCAGGAACUAAAGAACCCACUUACCUUCUUGACAUAGACACAUCAAAGACUGUUCAAAGAGAAAAAGAAAGCUUGGUGGCUGUUUUAUGUUCUAAUGGAUCAAUCAGAAUAUAUGAUAAAGAAAGGUUAAAUGUACUACGAGAAUUUAGUGGAUAUCCUGGACAUCUCAAUGGAGUCAAAUUUGCAAAUUCCUGUGACAGUGUGUAUUCAGCAUGUACUGAUGGCACUGUAAAAUGUUGGGAUGCUAGAUUAGCCAGUGAAAAACCUAUCCAGCUGUUUAAGGGUUAUCCUUCCAAUGUUUUUAUCAGUUUUGAUAUCAACUGUAAUGAUCAUGUCAUUUGUGCUGGUACAGAAAAAGUUGAUGAUGAUGCAUUGUUGGUAUUUUGGGAUGCAAGAAUGAAUUCUCAGGAUUUCUCUACUACUAAAGACCCACUUGGUGCAUAUUCAGAGACACAUAGUGAUGAUAUCACUGAAGUACGUUUCCAUCCCAGCAAUCCCAACAUGGUGGUCUCUGGUUCAACUGAUGGCCUAGUAAAUGUAUUUGAUAUUAGUGUUGAUAACGAAGAGGAUGCACUGGUUACAACCUGUAACUCAGUUUCAUCAGUAAGCUGUAUUGGUUGGUCUGGGAAAGAUUAUAAACAGAUUUACUGCAUGACACAUGAUGAAGGAUUUUAUUGGUGGGAUCUUAAUCAUCUGGAUACUGAUGAACCAAUUACAUGCUUGAAUAUCCAGGAUGUCAGAGAAAUAGUUCACAUGAAAGAAGGUAUUUUGGACUAUUUGAUUGGUGGCCUAUAUCAUGAAAAGUUGGAUAAAUUGUUUGUUAUUGGAGGCACGAACAAAGGAAGGAUUCACUUAAUGAACUGCACCACAUCAGGAUUGAUCCAUGUGACGAGCCUUCAGGGAGGACAUGCUGCUACAGUCCGUUCUUUCAGUUGGAAUAUGCAGGAUGAUUCUUUGCUGACUGGGGGAGAAGAUGCACAGUUGUUACUUUGGAAACCUAGAGCUAUGGAGAAGACCUUUACAAAGAAAGACAGCAUGAAAAUAGCGUCCUCUGUGCACCAGCGAGUACGAGUUCACAGUAAUGAUUCUUAUAAGAGAAGGAAAAAGCAGUGAUAUCACAUUGGCAGUUUACUUGGUAGGU